GCUCGUAUCCCUGUUGACUCACAUCUACUUCCCCGUUUUUCCUUCUUCUCAUGUUUCUUUGAUCAGUGACUCUGUUUUCUCCCAUGGAACUUUUAUGUACGAGAUCGGGUUUCUCUUUCUUCCUUCUCUACUUCUUCCUUUUCUGUGAUCUCUCUUUAUCUUUCUAUCCGGUGGACAACUAUCUAGUCAAUUGUGGCGCCUUCCUGGACUCCUCCGUAGACAAUCGUCGCUUCGUGUCUGACUUGCACGAUUCAACUCACGCACAUCUCUCUUCACCUCAGUCGUUCUCACUCUGUGCUGGAACUUUACUGCCGGCUCUGCCUCCGAUCUACCACACCGCCAGAGUUUUCAAGGCGCAAUCGAAAUACGUUUUCGAUGUCAAAGAUCCAGGGACACACAUGGUACGUCUCCAUUUCCACCGAUUCAGUACACCACAAUUGAAUCUCGUUGACUCUCAAUUUCACGUUUUGGUGAAUGGGUUGGUGGCUUUGACCAAUUUUAGUGGCGGGAAUUCGUUGGGUCCUAGGGUUAUAGAAUAUCUGCUUUGCGUUCAUUCAGAGAAGCUUGAAAUUACUUUUGUUCCUGCUGGGAAAUCGAAAUUUGCCUUUGUUAAUGCAAUUGAAGUGAUAUCUGCACCUAAAGAUUUGAUACCGGAAACUGCUCAGUCUCUGAAUGGUGAUAAACUCGAGAGUUUUGAGGGUUUGAAUCAACAAUCAUUUGAAGUUGUUCAUAGGGUAACUGUAGGUGGUGCUAAAGUUACUCCUUUUAAUGAUUCUUUGUGGAGAACUUGGGUGCCUGAUGAUGAGCACCUUAAAUCAAACCAAGGAUCGACCAGGGUGUAUUUUAGUGGUAGGAUUAAAUACCAAGAAGGUGGCGCAAGCCGUGAAGUCGGUCCUGAUAACGUAUAUGAUUCGGCUCGGUUGAUAGAGAGCAAGAGUGCUUCGAUCCCUAAUGCCAACCUUUCAUGGGAGUUUCUGGUGACUGAGGAUUAUAAGUAUCUUGUCAGGCUCCAUUUCUGUGAUAUUGCUAGUGUAUCCCUUGGAUUGUUGUUUUUCAAUGUUCAUGUUAAUGGACAUUUGGUAUAUAAGGAUUUGGAUCCCUCAGCCAUUACGAAUUACAUGUUGGCUUCCCCGUUUUAUCUGGAUUUUGUGGUCAAUGCUGAUCAUUCUAGUGUUGUGAAUGUAGCAGUUGCACCUUCAAACAAGAGCAUGGCACACACGGUUGAUGCUAUCCUGAACGGGGUGGAGAUCAUGAAGAUGAAUAAUUUGAUGGGUAGUUUCAACGGUAAGGUGCCUGCGGAAUCGGUUUUGAAGUGUUGGCUGAGAAGAAAAAGUGGUCGCAUUCUGCUUCCGUUGAUUGCUCUCGUGUGUUUGUUGCUAAGCUUAUCAGUGUUCAUGCGUAGGAGGAUCGAUAAGGCAGAUUCCAUGCCGUGGUCGAAGUUGCCUAUGGACGACCCUGAAAAUACUCCAAAGCAAGGCAAGCAACAAUUUCCAAGCAAAGUAUAAAUGCCAAGGAUUCACUGGUUUCGUGAUAUACAAGUAUCAGUUGGGAAUACAUUAUACUAUUGGUGUUCCCAACAUAUUGAAAGGUUUCUUUUGAGUUUGAAUUUGAAGACUGUGAAGUGCUUUGUGCUUGUUAAUCUGUAUUUAAGCUGUCUCAACAGUAUAUAAUGUUAUUUUGCAGUUUGUAAUCUGAUCAUGUUUGUGAUUGAAUCGGUGAUACUGUAAU